GCGGUCAAAAAUUUGGGUGCACCUAACUUUUGUGCUGGUGCACCUAAGAAAAAAAGGUAGGCGCACCAGUGCAACCAGUGCAAAAAGUUAGUCUAGAGCCCUGCAGACAUUUCAUGAAGACCCUAAUAAAUCAUACCAACUUGUUGAAAGUGCUCAUACGAUGCGUCCUUUAAACAGUUGUUGUUCUUUUGUCAGUCCUAGGAAAAGCAUUCCAAUCUAUCUGCUGCUGUCAGAUGAGCAGGCUACACUGAUCAUACAGGCGUACUGGAGGGGAUACAAGGUGCGUGUGCGUCCGGAUGUACAGGAGUUGAGACAGUGGCAGAGAGAACUGAGAGAGGAGAACUGUAACAUCAACAAAACCGUUCAGGAGUUUUGGGCACGGCAGGAAAACAGAGUUUGGUCAGAGCUGCUUGAUCUUUGCGAUGAUGCUGAUCCGGAGGCGGGUGUUUCGAUCAAGGUGGUCCCCCCCACACCACAGAGCAGAGUGCUGCUGUAUACACCCGCUGUAGAGAGAAAAGAGCUUCUGACGGCAAACCUGUCAGCCCCGACAGAGCUUCAGCGUCAUGUUAAUACUACUGCUGAGUGAAGAUGUCUCGCUGGGACUUUAUACUGCAUCACAUGCUCCGUUUCUUAAUGACAGAAUAUUAUUAGCAUAAUAUCAUAGUUUUAUUUAUCUUACACUUUUUUCCAAUGCACAUCGUUUGUUCACAUUUGCUCAAAUGACAUUUAAAGACAUAGCCAUUUUAAUCCCCAUAUCAUUGAUGUGUGUCUAUGACAACAUGUAAACCUCUUGUAACUCUAAUAUACAUUAUAAUAAACAGUGUAUUAUAAUGUGGCAUCUAAUGAGACUUUAUUAAAUAAAAGCAUAAUAAAGAAAGUUGCAGUAGAUGAUGAG